AUGAUCAUUUUUCAUGUAAUCGAUCUGAUAUUUUUUAUCAUUCGGUUAAGUCUUGUAAGUAAUGACAUUUCGAAAGGUAUUACUGAUACUAUGGGUUUUCUUGUACCUAUUCUAUUAUUUGAUUUGAUUGCAUCAGUACCAAUAAUAGCAUCUGAUAUUAUUUAUGUGAUAAUGCGUCAUUGUGUUAGGCCGUUAGAACAGAACCGACAUUCUUUCCAAAGUAUAUGGCGUUUUGGGACUAUGACAUGCAUCCGACUUGAUUGCCACAAUGAACGUCCACAAACUAUACUACUCAUGCGUCUUAUUUUUAUUGUUUGUUCUGUUCUCUUAAAAUUUAUUUGUUUCGUUAUUGGUGCUUCUUGUUCGGCUCGUUUUAAAUCCGAAUGUACGGCAUACACUGUCAUUGCUGCUUUUGCUCUAGUAUCAACUGUAUCAGGUACUAUGGCUGAAUUUGUACACUAUUUCCGUUUAUGGAGUUAUAAUCCGACUGAUAAAGGGAAUAAAAGUAGUCCGAACGCAAUUUAUACCGAUGAUAGUCUGAAACCGGUAGAAAAAACGCAUCGACGCCAUCUUGGUUUUAUACAUCAUUCGUUAUUAAAUGAUCAAAAUGCCGAUGGUUUUCGACAUUCAAGAUGUGAAAACAGAAACAAGUGCAAAUCAAUCAGUCUUCAUCAUCAUUUGUUGUAUCAUACACUUGACGUAGAAAAUGAAAUUGAUUUAGCAACAUUAUCUGAUAAACAAAAAAAAUCGUUUAUUGCUUUUUAUGAGACUACUGCAGCAGAAGCAUUAGAUAUUGCCAAAAAUGGAUUUCCUUAUGGUGAUACUAAUGAUAGCAAAUUCAAAGAUUAUUUACAUCUUAAGCAAAGUAUCUUUUUUACACGUUCAUGUCAAGCACUGAAUAAUUCUUCUGCAGACGCGAUUAUAUGUGUUCGUCUUAAUUUAGGACGAAUAUUCACACGUGAUAAUGACGUAAAUCUCAAGCUUAAUGAUUAUUUUGGAUUUGGAGAUGGAAAGUAUGACACCGUUUAUGUAAGAAAUACACGUAGAAUUUAUCUUCGAAUGCCAGGUCAAAUUGAGAAAUGGAUGAUUGUAUUAACUACUAGAGUGGCAGUCAACGACAUUUUAGAUGGAGAUUUUUAUAUAGGCUGUCCUUAA